AUGGGUGUAUCUGAUCAUGCCGGAGUAACAGUCUGUGUGGAGAGGAUCAUCCUGGAUGAACUUAAACUAGAGGAAGUAGCACAACGGCAGACUGAAAUCCAGCGGUCCUCUAUAAAGGAGAAGAUCUGUGACUCUGUAAGGUGCUCUGUGGGACAGUGGAAGAUUUGGAUUCUAAAGUGGAUACCGCUUCUCUCCUGGAUCCCCCAGUAUUCUGUUCGGGAGAACGGACUUGGUGACCUGGUUUCAGGUGUCAGCGUGGGAAUCAUGCAUCUGCCUCAGGGUCGGUUUACAAUAAUACUAGUAAAUUACACCUCCUUCUAUCCUGUACUAGUGUACUUCAUCUUUGGCACUUCUAGACACGUCUCCAUAGGAACCUUUGCAGUGAUUAGCAUAAUGAUCGGGAGCGUCUCAGAGCGAUUGGCUCCUGACGAUCACUUUCUGACCAAUGGGACAAAUGGAUCAGUCCUCAUGGACACGGAGGCGCGAGAUGUUCAGCGAGUGAAAGUGGCUGCAGCCACAACCUUAUUGUGCGGCAUAUUUCAGGUUCUGUUGGGUCUGGUUCGGUUCGGGUUCCUAGUGACGUAUCUCUCGGAGCCCUUAGUGCGGGGCUACACGACAGGUGCGGCCACUCACGUGAUCACCUCUCAACUCAAAUACAUGUUUGGAGUUUCACCCAGACGAUUCAGUGGACCCCUGCAGCUGAUGUAUACUCUGGUGGAACUGGGCAGGUUAUUACCACAGACUCACAUUGCCACUCUUCUGAUCAGUCUGGUGGCUCUCACAGCUCUGAUCAUUGUGAAAGAGAUCAACUCCUGCUACAGUCACAGAUUACUCCUCCCUGUUCCCAUAGAGCUCAUGGUGAUUAUUGCAGGGACACUUGUUUCUCAUUAUGCUGAUCUGAGAGCUGUUAAUGGUGUCGACGUGGUGGGAGAAAUUCCCAGUGGACUGGUGCCACCCAGAGUCCCAGAGGUAGGUUUCUUCUCCUCAGUGGUUGGAGACGCGUUUGCUGUGGCUGUGGUGGGAUACGCCAUCAGCAUUUCUCUAGGCAAGACUUUUGCUCUCAAACAUGGAUAUAAAGUAGACAGCAAUCAGGAGUUGGUGGCGUUGGGGCUCAGUAACACCAUUGGUGGCUUUUUCCAGUGCUACUCCGUCACUUCCUCCAUGUCUCGCAGUCUUGUGCAGGAGAGCACGGGGGGGAAGACACAGGUGGCUGGCAUGAUAUCUGCUGUUAUUGUGUUCAUUACAGUUUUGAAGCUUGGUCCACUUUUUGAGCAACUGCCCACAGCUGUGCUGUCCAGCAUUGUGUUUGUGAAUCUGAAGGGAAUGUUCAUGCAGUGUCAGGAUAUUCCUGCUCUGUGGAGGAGCAGCAGAGUAGAUCUGCUAGUGUGGCUGGUGACGUUUCUCUGUACUGUUCUGUUGAAUCUGGACCUGGGUCUGGCAGCUUCCAUCAUCUUCACACUGCUCACUGUGAUCUGCAGGACCCAGCAUCCCAGGUACUCUUUGCUUGGCAGGGUGUCUGACACAGAACUGUACUUAGAAACAGAGUCAUAUAAAGAGGCUAAAGCAAUCCCAGGUAUCACUAUCUUCCGUUCCUCUGCAAUGAUCUACUAUGCAAAUGCUGAACUCUAUCAAGAGGCUCUAUUAAAGAAGAGUGGAAUUAACGUUCCAAAGCUGCUCAAACUGAAAAAGAGGAAAGAGGAGAAUGCAAAAAAGAAACAAUUGAAGGAACAAGAUAAACAGGUGAGAGAGAAAUGCUGUAAUGAGGAUUACUGA